AUGGGCCGACAAAAGCAAACAAACCCGCUCCAGCGCAAUCCCUCGUCGCAGUUGAUGCAUACCCUUUCCGAUGGAACGGAUGUCCCUUUGAAACAUGAAGAUGGAAAUAUAAAAGACCAUACAGGAACCAACGGGAACGUCCUUGCAAAUGCGCCUACUUCGGCGGCGGCGCAGGAGCCCGUCGCCGACAGCCCUGGAUUGACGCAGCUUCUGAUUUGUGUCCUUGGUAUAUAUGCGGCAUUCCUGUCAUGGGGUGUUCUCCAGGAAGCGAUCACCACAACUACCUAUCCCAUCCGCGCUGCAACCGCCGCGGAGCCAGAGCCUCCGACAGAGCGUUUCACUUACUCGCUCGUACUGAACACAAUACAAUCUUCAUUUGCGGCCAUCACCGGCUUUAUCUACCUCUUCUUAUCUACGGCCAAGGGUCAAAGAGUCCCCUCGGUCUUCCCCACCCGUCGCAUCCUUUUCCCGUUACUCCUGGUCAGCAUUUCUUCAUCGCUGGCGUCGCCAUUUGGAUAUGCCAGUCUUGCGCACAUUGACUACCUGACAUUCAUUCUUGCCAAGUCUUGCAAGCUCCUUCCUGUCAUGCUCCUCCACUUGACUAUUUUCCGGAAGAAAUACCCUCUGUACAAGUACGGUGUUGUGCUCAUGGUCACUCUGGGUGUAGCUACAUUUACUUUACAUCACCCGGGAACCAGCAAGAAGGUUGCCGCGUCUGCAUCGAAACAGUCGGGCUCGUCCUUGUGGGGCAUUUUUCUGCUAUCUAUCAAUCUCCUGCUAGAUGGUCUUACCAACACGACGCAAGACCACGUCUUUACCUCGCCGAAGCUCUACACCCGCUUCACUGGACCGCAAAUGAUGGUUGCACAAAACGUCCUAUCUACUGCCCUGACUGCGGCAUAUCUAUUUAUCAUGCCGCAUAUCUCACAGAGUGGAAUCCUGCAUAAUUUACUCCCAUUCCCGAUUCCCCCCUCCACAGAGACGGAGCUGUACUCGGCCAUCUCGUUUCUCUCGCGCCACCCGGAGGCGAUGAAGCAUGUGCUUGGAUUUGCGGCAUGUGGUGCUGUUGGCCAACUCUUUAUCUUCUACACCCUCUCACGCUUCUCGUCUCUGCUUCUGGUCACGGUAACCGUCACUCGCAAGAUGCUCACCAUGCUACUCAGCGUAUUUUGGUUUGGCCAUUCAUUGAAGACGGGUCAGUGGCUGGGCAUUGCUCUGGUCUUUGGCGGAAUUGGUGCGGAAGCGGUAGUACAAAGGCAGGAGAAGAAGGCUAAGGCAGAAGCUGCAAAGAAAAAGCAGUAG